AUGGCCGAUUUUUUUAUCUUAAAUGAAGAAAUUUUAAAGUUGCAAGAUUCUUGUUAUUUCUUUCCGAACGAAGUAUCAAUAAACGACUUAGAUGAGAUAGAAAUUGAUAAGUUAUUGAAUGAUGCUGUUGAUAUAAUAAGCGAAAAUCCAUUUGCAAUAACUAAUGAAGAAUUAUUUGAUACUAUGCGUAGUUUCGUAAAAAAUGUUAAUUCAUUAAAACCCACCAUAUUAAAUCGUGUACUCGAUAUAAUCAUAUCAGGUUUCCAAAGCGAAUAUACAAAUACGUCAAAUGAUUUAGAUUUCGAUGAUGAAGAAACUUAUAGUGAUCAUCAAAUUGCCUUGGAAAUGUAUGGAUUUUUGCUGUUCUGGUUUAUUACUAAUGCAGAGCGUAAAGCAACAUCUAAAAGUAAUGCGAGUGGAGAAACAAUUACAUCAGGUGGAACAGCAAGUAAAAGAAAGACAAAGAGAACAAGACAGACCAGAUCCAAAGUCUCUUCAAAUAAUAAUGAAGAUUGGGAUUGGUCUACACAAAAGCAAGAAGCCUUAGAUUUAAUGAUAAAAGUUUUGGAACCUAGAAUCAAAAAAAUUUGGGAUUCAACUCAUGAAAUAGAAAUCUUUGUUAGUUUAUUUACAAAUUCUGCAUAUCGAAUGUUGGAAAAUAUUACGACGAUUAAAACUUCUUCCAUAAAAACACGCGUUUAUACUGUCCUUUCAAUAUGUGUCAAAGAAUAUAAUCACGCAUUUGGUGCACAAACUACUAUAAUUCAGAAUUUACAAUAUUAUGAACAUCUAUCCGAACCUAUGGCAGAAUUUCUUCAAGUUCUUGUUCAGCAACAUGAUCAUACACAAUUAGUGGAAAGUACAUUAAUAGAAAUAAGCGAUAAGGAAUUUAAUAGUCAAGAUACUAUUGGUCCAAAAUCAUUUUCGAAAUUUCUUAUUAAACUAUCUGCCCUAGUUCCAAAAGUAGUGGUCAAACAAAUUGUACUUCUUCGUAAACAUCUAGAAAGUGACUCUCAUACUAUGCGUUGUGGAUUAAUUGAAGUAAUAGGAAACCUUAUCAUAGAUUUAGCACAACAGGAAGAGAAUGCACCAAAUAAUAUGCAUCAAGUUAAUGGAUUCUUUGACGUUCUUGACGAACGCUUUCUUGAUCUUAGUUCUUAUUGUCGUUUAAGAGUAUUACAAGUAUAUUUCAGGAUUUGUGAUUUAAGUGUCAAAUUCCCAAAACGACGGCAAAAGGUUGUGGACCUGGUUAUUCGUUGUUUAGAAGAUAAGGCUAGUAUAGUCCGUAAAAAUGCAAUUAAGUUAUUGACCAAAUUUAUUUCAACACAUCCAUAUGGUAUUAUGCAUGGAGGUGAAUUAUCUGCUAAAGAAUGGGAAGAACGUUUAAGAAAAGUUGAAGUGGAAUUGAAGGCAAUCCAACCUCCUCAAGAACUUGCAGAAAUUGGUGCUGAAGCUCUUGAUGAAGUUGAAACUGCUGAUGAAGAUAUCGAAAUGACAGAAGUGGCAGUGGCUCCACAUUUAUCAUCGUCCGAUGAGCUUGAGAAAUUGCAAAUGACGAAACGUUAUUAUGCAGAUGCUGUUCGAUUCAUACACCAAAUUUAUACGGCUAUACCAACAAUUUGCCAACUUCUUGCUUCUACCACAAAAACAGAAGUGAUUGAGGCUAUCGAAUUCUUUGAAACGGCACAAUUGUACAAAAUUGAAGAGGCCAGUGAAGGGAUUAAAAAGAUGUUACACUUAAUUUGGACAAAGGAUAAUAAUGAUGAGGGUAAAGGUAUCAGAAAACGCCUGAUCGAAGGUUAUCGAAAAUUAUAUAUUGAACCAGACAUUUCGCUAUCAGAAAAAGAGAAUGUGAAUAUAGUUACCAGAAAUUUGAUAAGUUUAACAUUUAAUGCUACACUCGCCGAAUUGACAUCCCUUGAACAACUUUUAAGUACGAUUAUGAAAGAAGAUGAUGUUAUAAGUGAUUAUGUUAUUAAUAAAUUAUGGUUAAUUUAUGCUUCGUCCACAAAAGAUAUUUCUAAAGAACAAAGAUGUGGUGCAAUCAUCGUUUUAAGUAUGCUUGCCAAAGCUAAGACGGAGAUUGUACAGGAAAAGAUCGAUUUACUUCUCAAGGUUGGACUUGGACAAUUUGGUAAAGCAGACUUGGUUUUAGCAAAAUAUACCUGUAUUGCCUUACAGCGUCUUUCCGGUGAUCAAAUCAAAGUUAAAGGGUCCUUGGCCAAUAAUUCAAACCGGAUAUCAAUAUCUCAUCAGAUUUUUCAUAAAUUAAAGCAAAUUAUCGAAUUACAGACCACCUCACAAGAAUGGUUUAGAGUAGCUGAGCAGGCAAUAAAUACAAUAUAUUUACUCGGCGACCAUCCGGAUGUUUUAUGUGGUGAUAUUAUUAAACGAAAAGUUUCUUUAGUUUUUGAUCUUAAAAUUCCUUGUGCUGAUGGUGAUAUGGAAAUUGAUGAAGGAGAGAACAUUCUUACGAAUCAAGAACCAUUCAUGACACAUCCACUCCAUUUAAGUCAACUUUUAUUUAUAGUUGGACAUGUGGCUAUUAAACAGAUUGUUCAUUUAGAAGUAAUUGAAGCAGAUUGGAAAAGGAAAAAAGAAAAUACUUUGUUAAUAUUACUUGCAUUAAUAUUUCUUACAUGGACUGAUAAAGAAAAGUCAGUCAAGAAUACUACUGUUGAAGAUGAAUUAGAUCAAGUAGUGGGAACUACCGAAGACGAGUUUGUAGAAGCAAUAGCGCAAAUUCGAGAAAAAGAACUAUUAUUCGGUCCAGAUUCGUUGUUAACAGUAUUCGGUCCUUUAAUUGUAAAUAUAUGUUCAAAUAAUAAGACUUAUAAUCAUCGAAAUUUACAAAUUGCUGCAACACUUGCCUUAGCAAAAUUAAUGUGCGUGAGUUCAGAGUUUUGUGAAAAUAACCUACAAUUACUUUUCACAAUUCUUGAAAGGUCAAAUGAACCUACAAUCCGUAGUAAUAUUAUUAUUGCUUUAGGUGACUUGACAGUGUGUUUUAAUAGUUUAAUUGAUCAAAAUAUUAAUUAUUUGUAUAAGCGCCUUGCGGAUCCAGAUAAUAUGGUCAAAAAAAAUACAUUAAUGGUACUCACCCAUUUAAUCCUUAACGGAAUGAUUAAGGUUAAGGGGUAUAUGUGGGAGGUGGCUAAAUGUUUGGAAGAUAAAGAACGGAGGAUUAGUGAUCUUGCAAAAUUAUUUUUCACUGAACUCGCAUCAAAAGACAAUUCAGUAUAUAACAAUUUACCUGAUAUAAUUAGCAAUUUUACUAGUGGGGAGAAUCCAGUCAAUGAAGAAUCAUUCAAGAAAAUUAUGAAAUUUUUGUUCGAUUUUAUUGAAAAGGAUAAACAAACAGAAAGUUUGAUUGAAAAGUUAUUUCAAAGGUUUGAUAAUCUUCAUGAUAAAAGGCAAUGGCGAGAUAUUGCUCAAUGUCUGUCUUUACUACCCUACAAAAAUGAAAAAUCCCUCAAGAAGUUGACUGAAUUAAUCACACAUUAUCAAAAUAAAUUACAAGAAAAUGAUGUGUACAAAUAUUUUACGGAUAUUGUAGCAAAGGCCAAAGUCACAUCGUAA